AUGUGGAACACCAAGUCUUUCAUUAAUGGAAAUGCUGUUGUUGUUAAUGACAACGUUGUCAAGGCUUCGGGUUCCAAGAAAACCGCUAAGGACCUGCUUGCAUCAAAAAAGAAAACACACGAAAAACUCUACGACAAUCUGAGCGACGAGGAUCGAGAAAAGAUGAGACUCAUCAAUCAGCCGUCCAAGGAUGAUCCAAUGGGACUCAAGUUGGCACUGGGGGUCAAUUUUUACAAGUCUGUUUUUGAAGUUCUUGAAAAGGGAAAGCCCAAGGUCGCUCCAUUAACUAAUUACAAGUCUACAGACAGAAUCUACCACGCGGGUUACGAGGUCAUUGGCGAAGGUCCAGCCUUGUCCAAAGAGUAUCUUUCCGGAUUUCUGCAAUUGUCCAAGAGCGAGAUCGACUCCAUGAAGAAGAGCCACGGCUACGUUGUUCGAAAUCUCCCAGACACGUAUCCGGCCGGGUUUUACUCCGGUAACGGUGUUGUCUAUGUUGGUGGAGGCAAGUUCAACUGGCUAGCUCUGCUUUCCAUCAAAACGUUGAGAUCUGUUGGGUCCAAACUCCCUGUCGAGGUGCUCAUUCCUAAACUCGACGAGUACGAGAUCGAUCUCUGCUCCACCAUAUUCCCUGCUUUGGACGCACGAUGCAUCUAUAUGCCGAAACAGCUGGGUGACGAGAUCUCUAGCAGGUUUUCGUUCUUUGGCUACCAGUACAAGGCGCUCGCGUUGAUGCUUUCCAGCUUUGAGAACGUGCUGUUGCUGGAUGCCGAUAAUACUCCCUUGCAUGCUCCAGACAACCUGUUCGAGACCGAGCCAUUCAUCAGCACGGGGAUGGUGAUCUGGCCAGACUACUGGAAACGGUCAACGUCCCCUGCGUUCUACGACAUCGUCAACAUCGAAAUCGACGAAAGCCACAGACUCAGCAAAGGGUUCCAGGAAUACGGCCGUCAUGUGAUCCCAAAUUCGCCUCCUCACCAGGCACCUCCUUUGCACCAGCUCCGUGGUGCCAUCCCAGAUCCGUCUAGCGAGUCGGGACAACUAAUGAUCUCCAAGAAGACACACACCAGAGUGAUGCUUUUGUCAUUGUACUACAACAUGUACGGACCAAAUCAUUACUAUCCACUGCUGUCGCAAGGAUCAGAUGGUGAAGGUGACAAGGAGACGUUCAUUGCUGCUGCACAUGUUCUGAAGAAACCGUUCUAUCAGGUGAAGAAAAUAAUCAAGAGUAUUGGCCGGUGGGUCGACUUCCAGUUCACAGGAAGUGCUAUGGGCCAGUUCAACUCGCACGACGACUACGAGCUCUACAAAAAGUACGAAGACUCGGACGAACAGGUGUACGACAUUCCAAACCUGCUGUUCUUGCACUCCAACUUCCCGAAACUGGACCCGUGGUCUUUGAAAGAAGAUGAGGUCACAUACAACCCGGCCACCGGGAAAAGAGACAGACUCUACGGAACAGGCUACUUGGACGCACUCGGGUUUGAUUUCGAGCUUGUUCAAUGGGAAAACAUGAAGUUUUUCAUUUGCGAUUUGAAAUUACAUCCAAAACUCUUUGCUGACCGCGAUAUUGAUCACGAGGAGUUGUGCACCGAGAUCAAGGAACACCUCGUUAAACUUGAUAUUCGACUGGCUCACCGUCUUGUAGAAAUCGUAGAACCCGAGUUUUAUUGGGACCUUGGUGGUCAAGCCCUGGAACUUCUGAGGUGGCUGGUACGCCUGGCUUUGAGCCUGUUCCUGGUACAUCUGGAUAAAGCUCUUGUAUCCACCCACGCGCAAAGAGUAGAUGGUAUCGCCAUGUGGCCCGAUGUGCGGUCUGUAGUCGAUAUCGAACUUGGUUUGGAAAUUGCGGUUGUUUCUGUAGAACUUGUUGGAAGUGUACGUGAUCAGGUCCUUGUCCUGUUGGGUCAGAACCUUCAAGUGAGACCGAUACCCGUUCAACAACAUCGACUUGCUGUUCACCUUUGGUGGCAUCCGGUACUCAACCGCAAGAUAGGUGGAGUUCGGGAUAUCUGUGAAAACGUCGCUGGUGACUCCCAGGUCAAACUUGAUCACCGACUUGGGGUCAAACUUCUCUGUCGUGAACACUUUUCCGGCCAGACCUGUCUUCCCAGCAUGAACGUACGCCUCCUCCUUGGACUGCGUCUCGUACAGUUUCAAGAACUGCUCGUAGAAUUUGUUCUUGCGUCCCAGGAAAAGCACCUCGUUUCUGUUGGUGUUCCGUUCGGUCUCGUACUCCGUCAACGAGGAGUAUUUCUCACGCACAGUUUUCAGCAACCGGUUCUCGUCGAUGAACGGCAGCAAACAAAUUCCCUGCCAGGCCAUCUUGGCUCCGUUCAUGUCGAUCUUGAAAUCGGUAGGUCGGAAUUAAACGCAGCAGACGCUGGCCGUUUCUUCUCGGAAACGUCAAUCGGCUCUUCUGUCUCGGUUUCUUUGACAACGCUAACAGCACUAGCAUUACCGUUGGUUUCAGUGUUGUUGAACAGGGCCUGUUUCAAAAUAUCUGCCACGUUCUUGUUUGCCGCAUUGGCCUUGGAAAUGGUGCUGAUAUUCUGGACGAUUUCGCUGUUGCUCAUCUUCAAUCCACCGGCAGUCUGGCCAGUGGUCAGAUUCGUCAACGUCAUGUUUUGGGAAGGCAUUAUUGGUGCCUUUUCCUUACCCUUUCCGUGGGAUAUUCAGCUCCACUUCGAGGUACUCACGCAAAACACCCACAUGAAGCCACAAGAACGGUUUCUUCUGGUCGGCAGCCUUGAGCCGUUCCUUGGUAUCCUCACUCAUGUUCACCUGGUCGGAGAUUCGAAGCUGUCGCUGGGCCUGGUCUUUCGCAAAAACAUCUUCACGAAGCACACGGAAAUGCGGCUCGUGAGUAGCGAGACCCAAGAAAAUCAAAUCGGCGUCCAAUCCGUAAAUACAAUGGGUGGUGUUUGGGUUGUAUUCCGGGUCAGAUCUCUGAGAUCUGAUGAAAUUCAUGAUCUUGUGCUCGCCUUCUCCAGGAACAGUGGCAUCGCUGAUUAUAACCUGCAAGCCAGCCCAUCCAGGAUCCGUGGACAAUUUGUAGGCCACCCAGUAGCGCAAAGACCGUGCAAGAAUAUCCAUGAACGGAGUGCCAGGAACCACGCCCAUGCCAAAUUGAACGCUGUCCAGUCUGUAUUCCAAAACAAAAACCAUGAGGGCUUUGAUUGGUCCAGCACUCUGCAGACGUUCAACAAGUACCCAUUAGUGACGUUCAAACGACUACAAAGAAGACCUGUUCCUCCUAUCCACGUGAAAAUGCUUUCCUCCGAUUUUAUAGAAGACUCUCUUUAUAACCAAAACUAUGGCUACUUCCCCAACACUUUGAAACGAACAGACCUUUUUUCGCCAGAUUACUUCACAACCAAAUCGCCCAAACCGGGAGAAUUGCAACUCACACAGCCGCCGCUUGAUCUGGACAAUUUCCCGUCCCAAUUGCUCAAACCAUCGUAUGGUCAGGCCAUUGCCCGUUAUUUGCUCGUUAACUACAAAUUGAACCAAUACCCUUACAACGAUUUGUGUAUUUACGAGAUCGGGUCAGGGUCAAACAAUUUGAUGUCCAGUAUCCUGGAUUUCAUCCAGGAAACCCACCCAGAGGUCUACGAACGCACACGAUAUAACCUGGUUCCUGUUUCUCCAAAAUUGACAGAUAAAACAAUAACCAUUGACCCCAAACACCACGACAAAAUCCGUAUAGUCAACGAGUCUAUAUUGGGCUGGAAACGAAGGGUCAAUGAACCGUGUUUUGUUAUGGCUCUCGAGGUGUUCAAUUCUUUGGCCCACGAUGUUGUCCGGUACGAUAUUGAGUCCCACCAGCCAUACCAGGGAUAUGUCAUGAUUGAUGAGAAUAACGAGUUCAAAGAGGUGUAUUCUCCUACCCUCAGCGACUGGACUCAGCACUUUUUGCAUCUGAGAGAACAGAGCAAGUUCUCUAUCUCAACAUUGAAGAAACACCCUCUCAACCAAUCAAAGAUACUGAAACAACUGAAAGACACUUUCAAUCCGCUAAGGAACCAUCUUUCCGAUGCAGAGUACGUGCCGACGAGACUUUUGCGGCUGUUUGAAGUUUUGAAAAACUACUUCCCAAACCAUCAGCUGAUAUCCUCAGAUUUCUCCAAGUUCAAAAAGCCAGUCGCCGGCUACAACUCACCAACGGUCCAAACAAUGUACCGUGACGAACUCUUUAACACAGACACCUAUAUGGUCAAACAGGGAUAUUUUAAUAUCAUGUUCCCGCUCCAGUUCGACGUGAUGGCAGAGAUCUACCGACUAGUUGUUGGAAAACUGUGCAACACUACCUCGCAGAUCGAGUUCCUCAACGUCUGGGGCGACUCCGAGGGCGCACCGAAGGCAACACCAGACACCUACCUUAACUGCGAGUUCUUACUCAGCUGA